AUGAGUUCAAGAUUUUAUAAAAAUGAAAUAAAUCUUUUGUUGAAUGAUGAAGAAACUUAUUGUAAAGAAAGAAAUAUUAGUGAAAAUGAAUAUCAUCAAUUAAGGAGAAAGCUCAUACAAAAACAUAAAGUCAAGGGUAUAAAGGCCAGUGAUCUAUUGAUAAAUCUAUCACCGAAAUUAAAAUUAUCCACAGGAUGUAAUGGAGAAAUUACUGAAAUUAGUGGAAAUAUUGCAACUGGAAAAACUCAAAUUGGAUUUUCCACACUAAUAUCAGCAUUAUGUAGUGAUGUAAAUAAUACAGUUUUAUAUAUUGACACAAAGAAUAUAUUUUCAGCUUUACAUAUUCAAAAUAUAUAUUAUGAGAGUGAUAGAUUUAUAUUUGCAAGGGACCAAUUACAAUUGCAAAUUGAAAAUCUUCUUGGUAGAAUUAGAGUGGUUAAUUGUUCUAAUAUAUAUGAAGUGUUGGAAGUGUUGGAAGAUGUUGGAAAUAAUUGCAAAGUUCCAUCAGAUUAUUUUUAUCCUAAUCUGAGGCUAAUAAUAAUAGAUAAUAUAUUCUCUAUAAUUUCUACAAUUUUAUCUGAUACUUGUCAAGUUAGUGCAAAUCCAGAUAAUCCAGUAUCAAUGUUUUCACCAACUAGAAAACCUGCAUUGGGAAUAAAUUGGAGUAUUUUUCCUGAUGUUGAAUUGUUUUUAUCUUUUGCUGGGGAUGUUUUGGAUGAAAAUGGUAUGCCAUUACUCGUGCAAGAAUUUGAAUAUUUUAAUAACAAUGGAUUAAAAAUCUUGAUGAAACCAAGAAUAUGUGAAUUAUUAAAAUCAAGAAAUGAGGGUGAAUAUGAAAUUUUAACACCGGAUUAUUACUUGAAGUAA